AUGGACAAAGUCAGAAAGCUUGAGACUAUCGGCUUUAUUCAUAACAGUUGCCCCCAGUAUUUCUAUAACAACAAGCGGUCUCCUCGCUCCGGUCCUCUAACUCCGCGCAUUGAAUUUGGUAUGGAAGAAUUAAGGGAUGGGAUAAAAGAAACAUUUCCCGCGGAUCCAUUUGUUUCUUUCACGGACAGCUUUGACGAUGGCUUUUUGAGCCGUAAUCGCCUCCUCGCCCUCGCAAUACUUUCGACGAGUCUUAGUAUCCAGCGAGGAGCAAAAAAUUGUUAUGAGACAAUACCGAACCGUGCCGGCGGCGGAAGAUGGACGAAGCUGUCUUAUGCCAAAACAAGCAAAUUUGGAACUGAAUUAUGGAGGCGCCAUGUACUUACCAAGUAUAUGGAACCGCCUCCUAAGCAAGAAAUGAGAAAGCGGUGGCCUACUCUCAUUACUCGUCGUUUGGCGCUUCCCACCGAGUAUAUGGAGCCGUCUCCUAAGUAG